CUUUAACAGCGCGUGUGAACCACGCCAAAGCCACCCUCCAUUCCGAAACUUCAAUCACCAUUCUCUGUCACUCCCACAACGAUGUUGACGUUCUACGCCGAACUGCUCAGUAAUAUUAGGGCAAUCACUCUUUCAAUUCAUCUGUCGAGUCCUGCCACCGCAUCUACCAGAAUUACCGUCGAACCAAGUGCUUCCGCAGCAAUCCUACACCACCAUGGAGAGUCUAUCCGCUUGCCGUUACCGGGAAACGUGAACCCCGAACACCAACAGCGUCAGUACGGAACCACUGUGGGAACGGAGCACCUCUCAUGCCGACUGGAGGUGGCUCCUCCGCCACCGCCAAAAGGCGAAAAUUACGCUCCCUGGUCUGCACCAGAGCUCACGCGCACGGAAUCAGCGUCCUUCGAUUGUCGUAAAUGUGGCUCAACUCUAAUACCAAGGAAGCGAGUAAAGAAGUGGAAGGAUUUGCCGUCGGGAAACUGGGCUGAUAUGAUGGACUUCUGGCAUUGUCACAAGCCCGACGACGACCGCAAGAAGAAGGACGAGGCCGAAGAAGGUGAGAGCGCGAAAUACUCUACCUUUGGAAAGGGGUUCGCCGUGGAACGAGGAACAGGAUUGGUUGAUCGACUCUACUUCCUACUCCCGGCGGACGAUUGCGAGAAUGUUCAGAUUGCAGACGUAAAACUGAAAUGUUCAUUGUGUGAGACGGAGCUCGGUGUGGUUGAUGGCGAUUCGAAGAUGUGGAAAAUUAACAAAUGGAACCUCCGCCUCAACGAUCAAGAAAAAGAAACCACGUAUCCACUGGAAUGUUUCCUCUCCUCGCAGAUUAUCUCACAUGCCGAAGAGGGAGGUGUCCGCCGUCUUUUGGUCACCAGUGAAGCCGAUGUGGAUACGCAAGCCAAUGGUAUUAAGAUAUGGAUUUUCAAUACUGAUUACCGAUAUACCCACACGCACUCUGCCGAGUCAGUCCGGGCAGUCAAGCUCCUCUGGCAGACUGUGGAACCUGGGGAGAAGGUACCAACAGAUUCACUAAAGGCCACCGGGUUCGAAGGUAUCGCGUUGGAUCCGACGUGCCUACAAACGCUGAGAAAAUGUCUGCACGACAGUAACGGUCACCUCCCCGGAAAUAUAGGGAAGACAAGUAUGGGGCAGUCUGGUGAAUGGAAUGUGGGCUCUUUGAGAAGAUUUGAGGAAAUUUAAAGAGAUAAUCAACCAUAUCAAUAAC